UCCAUGCCAUGCUCUCCAUUCCACGUUUUCCUCAUGUGAUUGAUUCCAUUCUCUCUGCCCUUUGUUGACCUCCCCCUUUAACCCCGACUGGAGUGUGGAUGUAUAUCCCGUCAGCCCAACAUCAUAUUCGGGUCUCCGUGGCGCAGGAGCGUCUUGGCACGGGGGCCCUCGCCGACAGCCACGGGUCUCGCUCGCAUUUUGUUUCUGUUCUCUGCCGUCUGGGGUUGAGUCCGCUCCGUCUCUGUGCUGAGACCGGUAGCGGAGACCAGGCUACUAUUCGGAAGAGGCAAUUCUCUGACAAUCCAGACAAGAACACAAACAUCAAGAUCGGCCUCAUUGUCGGCAUUCUCGUCGCCGCCUUCCUCGCCGUUGUCAUCACCUUCCUCUACUUCUACGGCCGUUCCAUCAGGUUCACCGAGAAGAAGAAGAAACAUCACAGGCACAAAUCCUCCAGCAGCAAGAGCUCCAGGAGCUCUGACAGGGGAGCACCGCCCUCACCACGCCCUCGGCACCCUCGCCCGCCGAGAUCGGCACCUCCCCGUUCUCCUCCCCCCCCUCGCUCUGCCACUCCGGCCGACGAUGCGCCUCCGCCAAAAGAACCACCUGCAGACGGUUAGGGGGCUUGUGCUAGUCCUUGGGUUCCAUCCGGGGGUUUGACAUGAUACGAUAGGCUUUUUCUUCCUUGUACAUCUUUGGCAGUGUAUUACCAAUAAUUUGUUUAAGUGAUUCA